GAGUGUCGUCAUCGGGUGCGCGGGAACAGCGGGGUGCCGGCUGCGGUCCUGCGCGUCGGCUGCAAAUAAAUGCGAGGGACCCCGAGCGGCGAGAUGUUGCGCUCUUCCGCGGGCUCGGACUGGCGUGGGUCGCCGCUCGGGUCCAGUUUUCACCUUUUCGACUUUGUGCCUCAGGGCUGACCACGGAGGGGGCGGCCCAGCUUCCCGUCUGCGCCACCUUCCGCUCGCCUCCGCGUCUGUGCGGGCUUCCCACGAAGGCCAGGUGAUCCCGCCGCUGCCGCUGUGCUGCCCGUUCGGCCUCACCAUGGAGUUCCCGGACCUGGGGAAGCAUUGCUCAGAGAAAAUGUGCAAUCGGCUGGACUUCCUUCCACUAAAAUGUGACGCGUGUGAGCAAGAGUUCUGUAAGGAUCACUUUGCUCGUGCUGCACACAAGUGCCCCUCUGCAUUCAAGAAGGACGUGCAGGUCCCGGUGUGCCCGCUGUGUGACCGCCCGGUCCCAGUGAAGAAGGGGGAGGUACCAGAUGCCGUGGUCGGUGAGCACAUGGACAGAGACUGCCAGCUCCACGCUAGGACAGGAGAGAAGGUCUUCACGUACCGGUGCUCAAGGGGCGGGUGCAAGAAGAAGGAGAUGCUGCCGGUGGCUUGUGACCAGUGCGGCGGCAACUUCUGUCUCCAGCACAGACACCCCCUGGAUCACCGCUGCGCACGUGGGCGCGGCCCCGUCAGCGUCCCCGGGUGAGGAGCAGCCUGGCCGCGCCGUGCUGGACGUGCGCCCCCCGUGACGGGGCCGAACCCGCGCCUGCACCGUGGAGGGGGCAGCCUGCACGCUGCUCUCUGCCGGUGGUGGCGGGCGCUAGGUGUUGGCCGUCGGGGUUGCGCGAACACGGUCUCCAUUAAAGCUGGACGUGAGAUCG